AAUGGGUUUGGUUCACGGGUUUUUAAUGGGUUUUAAAAAUAAAAAAAUGGUCAUUUAAACCCAUUUAGUUAAAUGGAAAUGACAAACUAUGGAAGCACCGUAGCAUAUUGAGUAAGGUUUAAAGGCUUUUACAUCUAGGUCUGGGGUUCGUAUCCUAGACUAUGCAAUUUCUUGCAGAUUGCAUAUUAUAGGAGGUCCAUGUUUCAAUUUCCGGAGAAAGCAAUUUAUUAAACAAUAUUAUGUAAAUCCGGUCAGGCAUGGAUAUUCAUAGGAUGGCUCAAGUGAUGUAGUUAGGCAUAGAUCCUCAUAAGAUAGGUAGUAUUGUCGGUUGUCGAAUCGUGUAUAUAAUCUUCUCAUAAUUGUAAUAUCUUAAUAAAUCAGCGUUAAAAAAAAAGGAAAAUUACAUAAACCCCUUGAGAAGUUAGAAAAAAUUACAACUUGUACAUGAUAUAAUCCACCUGCUCAAACCCGACCGGAUAUUUUUGCAAAUCAAUUAAACCGAAAUCGUCUAAUCACUUAAACCACUCCCUCCAAACCAAACUUGUCGGUUUUAGCAAACCCCUCAAACCCUAGAUCCCAAAAUCAAAAAUCAAAACUCACUCCACCUCCUCUCAUCUCAUCGAAUCAUCGGAGAGAUUUCUGAGUCGACGAUACAAGCGCUCUGACGGUACUCACUGGAAAAAUUGAGAAAUAGGAAUAUCGACAGGAUCAAUAAGAGGAAGAGGAGAAGAAGGCAAGGUCUGUGAAGAAGGCGAAGUAUGUGAGAGUGAAGUCUGUUGAAGCGACGGUUCUGGCGAAAAAAAAUUACGGAGAAGACGAGCGAUGUAUGGAGCCGAUAAAUGUUCUUAUGGAUGCUGCGGUGGUGGUUGAAGCAACAUACGACUCUGAACUGAGAAAAUCUGAUCUUCCUCAGGCUUUUCCGGCUCUUCCGGUGAGUAGGAGUGGAGAAUCGCAGGACAAUGAAGCAGAGGACGACGAUGACGAGAAGUCGACAGCCUCUGAUGAAGACAACAAAGGGGAGGAUACAACCUCUGAUUAAGACAAUGUAGAUGAACCGGCUGCCUCUAAUGAAGACAAUGUAAAUGAGCCGGCUCCCUCUGAUGAAGAGAAUGAAGAUGCUGAAGAAGAAUAAGGAGAAGAAGAAGAAUCAGAGGAAGAAGUAGGAGAGAUGGAAGUAGCAAACAAUGUAGAGGAAUCCGCAGAUGUUGAUGGUGAUGACUCUGGUGAUGGGGAUGGUGAUGGUGAUGUGGGAGAAAAGAGAGAAGAGAUUGCGACGAAGAGGCCCAUAAUUCAGCUGAGUCAGAGCAUGGAGAGGUAACAAAUUAGCAAAUAUCAUUUGGUGCAUUGUUUUUAUUGGGUAGAACUAUGGUGACACAAUAAGAUUAUACUGUAAAAUUAGGAAAACACUAGCCAACUAGAUAAUACUGAAAAAACUUGGUAAAUAACUACAGUAAAACCUCUAUAAAUUAAUAAUGUUGGGACUUUGAAUUUUAUUAAUUUAUAGAGAUAUUAAUUUACAAAAGUUUCCUUAUUUAUUUAUUUUUCUGUUUUGAAUAUUUUAUUUAUAAAUAAGAAAAUAUUUGAUUUUACCAUAUGUACGUUAUUAUGUGGUUUUCGAUAUAAUUUAACUAAAUAUUAUCAAAAUAUAUUGAAUUGUUAAAAAAAUAAAAGUAUUUUCAUUGUGAAUAUAAAACCAACAAUAUAAUAUUUAUUUUGUACUUAUAUAAAAUUAUAUAUAGAUAGACUAUUAAUUGUUGGUUUUAAUGGGACUACAUAUUUACAUGGUAUUUUAAAAAAUAUUAUUAUCUUAUUAUUUGAUCGAUUUAAGUCAUAUUUUAUAUUGGUCCAAGUUGGAACCGGUGAAAUUUAUUAAUUUAUAAAGAUUAUUAAUUUAUAGAGUUUUGAUGUAUUACAUGUAUAAGCUGGUUAUAGCUGAAUGUUACUUGCAUGAUUUUGAGGCAAAUGAGGCAAUCAAACCAUCUAGAAUGUUAUUUUAUACAUCUGAGUACAAGAAAAAGUAAAGCUAUGGACAAGGUGUUUGAUAGAAGACGCAAUUAAGACGCUAGACAAACUGAAACUGAAGCUUACUAACGUGGAGAGGAACUGGUUUGAGGAGCAUCCUCAAUUCAUACACUUUUCCACAUGAAAAGAGAGAAGAACCACAAGAUUCAAGGAAGGUGGAUGUUGUUGCUGCCGACUGCUGAUAGCAGUAAGCGGAGAGAAGUGUGAUUCAUUGUCAAUGGUGUUCACAUCCAUUAUGGGAUGAGGAAACACACAUCGAUAUCAAGACUAAAUUGUCGAAACUACCUCUCGACUACAAGGAGUGUGGUGGGACAAAGUUCGUGCGGCAUUUCAAGGAAGGAGAAUUUCUAAGGUUGGAGGAUGUGAAAGCAAAGCUUGUUAACAUGGGACCCCAUAGAGACAGACUGAAGAUGGCGGUUAUAUUUUUCUUAGGUAGUGUUGUUUGGGCGCAAACGAAGGUUGGAAAAGACGUAAAUAUAUUGGAUUUGGUCCAAGAGCCUUGGAUGAUCUUGACUUCUGCAGGACCUUUCCAUGGGGGAGAUACACCUAUGAUUACAUGUUGAAGGAGAUGUCUCACACCAUUGAUCAUUUUGGAGGGUUGGUGAAAGAAAACAUAUUAUGGCCUCUUCCAGGUUUUUGUGUUCCACUGGAGAUUCUUGUAUUCGAGGCAAUUCCUAAGCAGAGAAAGCGGUUUAGAUCGAGAACCUGUUGAAGGAGCUGAUGUCAAUUGUCUGAGGAUGUUCAAGCCCACAUUCAAACCGAAUGGAAUGAGAGUGAUGUCACUUAUAGUCAUAAAUAAGGAACUGGGUAACGUAACUGAUAUUGACAACAUCAUCCUCACCAAAUAUCUACAUAAAGAAUCUAUCUGUGAUGAAAUUAUGGAAGACGAAGACGAUGUUCAUGAGCCUGAUCUAGUUGUGGACAGUUGGGAUAAGCGUCUCGAUGAAGGAUUCUCGGUCUUUCUAAAAGACAUGUACAAAGAAAAUGUUUCCGCGCGAGAAGAACAUAGAGAAUAGGCAGAACAGAUACAAGAUGCAGAACAUGCCGAAGAUGGAGAACAUGUAGUGGAGCAGUCGAUUCAACUGGGAGAUGUUAUGAAGAUUCUGAAAAAAUGGUGAAACUGCUAAAGAGAGUUGACAAGAAGGUUGAACAAUUUUAAGGGAGAUUGUCCCUGAUAGAGGUGUUUGUCAAAGAAGUACAUAAACGAAGAAAGAAGUGAAGAACUUGUUUCGUUUGUGCAUCUACGUGUUGCUUUCUGUAGUAGUCAAAUUCUCGACCUUUGGUGGCUUUUGUUGUUUUCUUUGUGGAUUUAGAACUUGGUUAUUACUAAUAUAUAACCGAGAUUGUGGACUAAUAAAUAAAUAAAUAAAUAUAUAUCUGGAAAACUAGGUAGAGAUAGGUAUAAUUACUAAACAAUAAGUACCACAAUAUCAGAUUUGUCUUAACAUAAACACAAGUCAAACAGAGAGACAACACAACAUAAGGCUUGUCUUUUACCUAUCAUUUUAAUUUGUUAAGGUAGUUCUUCUCAAUUAACUGCAUUAACAUGUAAGCAUACUUGUAUAGUGCAAUAAUAUGUUUGAAAUCAUGAAUUCUUAGAAUAUUUCUUUAUAAGUUGGUCUUACUAAGAGCGUGUUCUUAGAAAGACAAUGAAAUUGUAUUGGAGAAAAUGUGAAACAAUCCUUUAAAACAUGUUAUUUUGACUACAAAUUUUUUUAAAAUAUUUUAUUUUCACUAAUUUAAUUUCACUAGUAGUAUGUAUUAUAUCCAAAGUUGAAUACUAAUAUACUUUCAAAAACAGCUAAAAGUUGAACUAGUAUGACAUAAUAAUCCAUAGUUUUACAGAAGACAAAACCCAUACAUAAUUUUACAACACAAAGGAUGGAACCAACAUAAAUAAAAACCAAACAAAGAAUGUAGUUUCAUUCAUUGGGAUAACUGUAACACCCCCAAAAAUUUUGAGACGAAGUUACACAAAAAAAUCAUACGAAAAUCCUUUAAGACUGAGGAACAAUAGAACAAAGCGAAAAAACGUCGAAGUUUUUCAACUAGAUAAAUAUGAGAUAUCCAAAAUGAUAAAAAUAAGCUUUUAAAGUUUGUACUAUGUUUUCUUUUCUUUCGUCCAAUUAUUUGUCAUAAAACAGUCUGAUCUUUAUGUUCUAUACAAGAAUCAAUGGCUUCCAAAAUGUUAUUAGAGCAAAAUAUAAUACGGUAUCAGGGCAACAUAAACUCAUGUGAAGCUCUCUACAGUUAUGGAUAUCAACCGAAUGGAUUUUUCUGUCACGUUUGUAUUCCAUCUUUUGCUUUUACUUUUUUUUUUGGCUUGCAUUAGAAUGUACGGUGGUUCUUCCCAUGAAUUACAAGUUUUCACUGAAGUCCAAUUUUGUUCGAACUUCAAAAUGCCUUUUUUAGCUUUGAUUGUCACAAGAACAUUUUGUUUUGAUAUCCCAAUCGAAAUUGAAUUUGGAGACAGCAUCAUGAGAUUUUUUAGCAGAACAAUCAAUAAAGGAAUUGAAUUGAUUGUGGAAUUUGGAUGUGUUAUUGUGUUGGAAUGUGACAAAGCCUAAAAUUAACAAAAAGGUGAUGUAUUCCUCAAAUAUAGCAAUAAUAACCACCACAACCACAAUUAUGUUUCUCUCUCUGUAUUUCUCUCCAACCUUUUUCUAAACAUAGUUUCCCUAAGAAAUAAACACAGAAAAAAAUAGUUGUUUGUCUUUACAUUCAUAAAUUUUUUCCAGAGAUAACAGAAACCGUGACAACAAAUCAUGAUUUGAUGAUACCCUAAAUUUCACUGAUCUAAAGAAAACAAAACAUACAUUUGAAGUAAGAUUUAAAAAAAAACAUGGUAAUGACAUCAAAAAUGGUGAUGCAAUAGGCAGAGGCGGGGGGAAAAAGAAGGUAGAAGACACAAAGGGCAUGGGAGACAGUCGUAGAGGACCAUCCUCAACACCACAAUCACGCAAGAUCAUGGUGAUCGCUGACCCGACCCGUGAAUCUGCAGCUGCUCUUCAAUACGCUCUUUCACACGCCGUGCUCGAGCAAGACGAGCUAAUCCUCGUCCAUGUUGAAAACAAUGGUGGCUCGUGGAAAAACGCAUUUUCAAGUUUCUUGAGAUUACCAAGCUCCUCCUCCUCUAGCACAAGCGGGUCAUCACCGGGUGCUAAUGUCAAUGCUAAUAUUGCAAACACCGUUUCAUCUUUGGCCUCUGAGAUUGGUCAAGGGGAAGGGAAUUUCCUUGAACAGAUGAAACGGAUAUGUGAAAUUGCUCAGCCGAAGGUGCGUGUGCAGACUGAAUGUAUAACCAUGGACGGCAUCAAAGCUGCAGCUAUUCUUCUUCAUGGAGACAAACUUGGGGUUGAAGUUAUCAUCAUUGGCCAACGCAGGACGAUCUCUUCUUCCCUUCUAGGAUCUAUGCGGCCUGGAGGGUCUCUAAUAGGAUCAAAAGGAGUAGAUACAGCAGAAUAUCUAAUCGAGAACAGCAAAUGCACCUGUGUUGGCGUACAGAAGAAAGGUCAAAAUGGAGGCUAUGUUCUAAACACCAAGACCCAUAAGAACUUUUGGCUAUUGGCAUGAUCAUGAACAUUUUUCCUAGACAGUUUUAUUGCUUCCAUAUACCUAAAGUACAAAAAAGAUAAGUUUACCAGCCAUCUUCACUUGUUUAUUCUUUAUCUUUAAAUUCUGGCAAUGACGUUUUGUCCGAUAUUUCUAAUCCACAUAUGUUUAUGAAGGUUGAUGUGGUAGUAGUUCUGUAAGUGUACCCACUAGUUGAUCUUUUUUAGACACAUGUGAAACUUUAAGUAAACUGUUCUGAAUGUAAUCACAUGUGGAGUGGAGUGAUCAUCAGGUGCAAUAUGUUUUGUCCGUGAAUGAAAAAUAGGAUUAGCACAUUGAUGUUACAGCAACACUGAUAAAAUAGACAACUGGUGCUUGAGGUAUUAAAAUUAAAAGUUCCGUUAACAAAGAAAGUAUCCAGCUUGUAUUUGCUACUAAGAGAUAUUUUGCUUCCACUGACGACAUGUAUUUCAAUUUUCUUCUUUGAGGACCAUGAUAUAGGUUAACUUCCUAGGUGAUUGCUAUAAACAUUCACUGAAACAUAAUUAUCAAAGUAUGCUUUCCAAGUUACAUCUAAUUGAUAUUUUUGAAUAUGAUUACGAGACAGGAAGAUCGGAACAUGUGUCACUGUUCCUGUUCCUGGAAGAUAUAUGAUUAAUUGAUUGUUUGCUUAAAAGUUAAAACUGAUAUGUUGUGGAUCCAUUCACGUACUUUGAAAGCUUAUUUACUUCAUACACAAUAUCUGGUCUUGAAAAGGACAAAUAUUGGAGACUUCCAACAUGUAUACUGUUUUUAAGAAUCAAACAAGUCUUACCAGAUGUGCGGUCAGCUUGGGAGACAAGGCAUCAGUGUGUUUAUUUGUUUGGCAUUUAUCUUACUAGGUGGCUUUCACCCCACGCAAGCGUGGGGUUAGUGGAUUUUCUAUGUCAUUUAGUUAUAAGUGCAUGCUAUAUACAGUUUGCGUCUAUGCGCCUUAUAUUGUUUUAUAAUUUGCUUGUACUUGCAAGGUCAUAUUAUUUGCAUGUGUUAUAUUUGUGUUUUGUACGUUUUCUGAUAUUUGUAAUUCCUUUUCAUAUAUUGAUGGCACAUAUAUGAUUUAUCUGUCAAGUUUUGUACAAUAUAACUUUGUGUUCUUCUAGUCUUUAUCUUAAUCUUUUUCUAUGAAUAAAUUGGAGGUACCUGCGUACAGCUCUGAGCCGAAGGUCAAAAAGGUGUGAAUGUUAAUUAGAAUAUUCGAAUCAUGUAAUGUCACAUUAAAAUAAUUAUGUCUCUUCCUAUGUCUACAUUUCCUUUGGCUACAAUUCAUCCUUCACGAUACCACCUUUUAAUUUUUAACUUUUCGUUGAUGAAUACAUCUAUGUCCUGGGAGCUCAAUUUAAUUAAUAGUUUUAACUGCAAAUCAGACUUGUUAAGAUACACCAAAAAGUAGUGAAAGCGAAAAGGGCUUGAGCUAGUGAAACUCUAAAAAAAGGGUUAUUCUGCUUCUCAUUUCUCCAAAUUUGUAGAGAAAUAUCGUCAGAUAAUCA